ACAUACCGUUAAAUUGGCAUGCAGCCUACGGUCGGGUCCUGUGGCAGGAGACUGCGCUGCUUUUGAAGAUGUUACCGCCUUCUCAUCGGAGUUACCUCGGACGGCAAGGCGGGGUCGCGUUAUUUCACCUUUUGUGCAGUAUCACAGGUGUGUGGUGCAGUCAGGUGGUGGUGCCUCAGAGGGUGAACGCUGUGUUGGGGAAGAAUGUGACAUUAGAGUGCAGGGUGGAGGUGGGCGCAAACCUUACUCUUACUCAGAGUUCGUGGGAGCGCCAUCUGCCUUCAGGAUCUGUCACAGUGGCUGUGUACAACCCACUGUAUGGCAUCUCCAUCCCGCCAGAGUAUAUUCAACGCUUGUAUUUUCGCUCGCCCUCUUCUCAUGACGCCACCAUCGUACUGGAAAAUGUGGGCUUUUCUGACGUCGGGAUCUAUACCUGUAAGGUUGCCACAUUUCCUCUGGGAAACACUCAAGCCACAACUACUGUCAAUGUACUCGUGGAGCCAAAGGUCUAUGUGUCUGCGGGUUCCACUGCCCUGAUCGAUGGUGGCAAUGAUACUGUAGUGGCCACCUGUAUUGCUGAGCGGGCCCGGCCCCCUGCUGAGGUGUCCUGGGAAUCCAACCUUUUUGGCCAGUCAGAAGUGCAACUAUUUGAUGAGGUCAACGGCACAACCAGCACACAAGUGCGCUACCUCUGGCAGCCCACACGUCACAUCCAGGGCCACACACUCACCUGUGUGGUCCGCCACCCGGCUCUGAAGAGUGACUUCAGGAUCCCCUACCAGCUCAAUGUGCAGUUUGCUCCUGAUAUCUCAGUUGUGGGCUAUGAUGGAGACUGGUAUGUGGGACGGGAAAAUGUUCAAAUGAUGUGCAAGGCCAACGCAAACCCACCGGCUCAUCACUUCAGAUGGAUCAGAUUGGACAGUGAAAUGCCAGAAGGGGUGGAAAUAAUGAACAGCACUUUGCUCUUCCUGCGUCCCCUCCAGCGGAAUGACUCUGGAGUUUACAGGUGUGAGGUUGCCAAUGACAUUAACCUCCGCAGUCGGGAUGUGCGUAUUCUCAUACAAGAUCCUCCCACCAUGCCUUCCACCAUUACUGCUCCUGUCCUUACUGGCUCUGCCUCCUCCACCUUAGUGGAUGAAAAGGGGCAUGUCCUCCUCAGCUUCCCCACACUCGAGGCCCUUCCUGAGAGUAAUCUUGGUUCCAUAGUGGGUGGGGCUGUGGGCGGGGCCUUGUUCCUGCUACUACUUCUGUCUCUGGUUGGUGUGUGUUACCUACGGAAACAGCAGACCUUCCACGGGAACUACUACACCAAGCACUACCUGGGCCCCAAUGACCUCCAGAAAGCGCCCACGCAGCAUGAGCUCCACCCUACCAAAGCAGGCAGCAGCUCCCACCAUCAGGACCAUGACCGAGAGGAGUGGGGUGACCGCCAGCUCAAACAUGAGCGUGACCGCCGUCACCAUAGCAACUACAACGGAGAGGAAUAUCCCUCUAAUGGCUACACCAGGGCAAUGAGGGAGAGCAGCCAACAGCAGAAUCACCACCGCGAACACACACAGUAUUCUAGUCCGCGGCAGGCCAGAUGUGCCAGAUACCCUCAUUCACCUAAACCACAGGGAAACGGCUCCCCCUACGUGUCAGAUGACUGCUACGAUAGUGGGCCCGAGGGUGACUAUGUCUCUCAUAAAGACGGGUCUGUCAUCUCACGUAGGGAGUGGUACGUUUGACAAGCUACCUGGUCCUGCAGGAGCCAGAGGGUUUCCUUUAUUAUAUUAGGAAGAAACAAAUAAUUUCUCUUCUGUACGCACAUGCACACUUCUACUAAUCUCAAUUCUGUUGUUCCCUUGUUUUGUUCAAGCGUCCUGGUCGACACUUGAGUUAUAAUGUUUCUGUUCUUGAUGUGGACUGACUGUGGACUGCACGGCCGCGUUGACAGUCAACAUCUGCAUGCCUACAGAAGUGGGCAUGUCACUAGUUUGUGUGUAGAGACUAACUAAAGCUCAUGAUGUAUGUCCUGUCUCUGCCUUACUACAUGGACUGCCAACUGAUCUAGCAUCACUGUCUUUUGGUUGGGUGGAAGCCCCGGGGGCUAACUGAUCACACUUGAUUGGUGUAGAAGAAAGUUGUUUGGGUUUUGUUUUUUCUUCUACAAAAUGAGCCCUCUCAGGCUAUGCGGUACUUAUUGCUUACACUUAUACACAAAAUCUGUGACCUCUGAAUAUGACUAGAAAUAAAUCCAUGAAGUUCAGAUGGUCACAGGUCCUUUUUCCCAAAACUCAUACGUAGGACACAGCAGAGGUGAAUAGGCUAAUUUAAAAAAACAAUUCCUUUAUGAUUGAUGACACACUGAUUAAUGCUCAUGAAUCGUAUUGCACUGCCUUUUGCAAAACUUUAUAAUGGACAACGACAUCAUUUAUUUUCUAGUAAAAUGUCUACCCUUUAUGUAACUCGAUGGGAAACUUGUGAGCUUGAGGACUUGACCACUGAUGUCCUAGUUAUGUCCUUUAAAACUGAUGGCUUAGAGUGGUGGGAACCUUAAGAGCAUUUCUACUCAUGUCCUCGGCUCAUCUCUUAUCCCCAGGAGGGAAGGAUGCACAAAGGGCAAGCAGGGAGGUCUGCGUGAACGAGGCUCCGUCCACUGUAACAACAGACAGUCAAGCCUUGAUAUGCAAAUGUGCUACAAAAUUCUGCAAGUUUAAAUAAGCUGGAAUAAUGUUACAUCUGUUCAACCUUUUUAACAUUUGUGUAACUUACUGAUUUUGGGUAUCAUUUCAGGUUAGUUGUCCUCUUCAGUUAACCACAAACACAUUCUCCUGUCAUAAUAAUGUUAUAACGGAUGUGUUUGAGAAUUUGCACUCUGGCACCAAACCAGGGCUCUUGGAGGUUAAAGAGAGCUAUUAGCAGGGGCAUUGUCAGAAGCAGGCUACAGUAUGGCAGCCACCAUACACUGGCCUCCUACUCACAAAGUAUUUUGUUACACAAAGAAAUCAUUCAAGAGUGCAGCCAGUACACUCUACUACAAAUAACCUCCGAUGGACUCAUUUCACUUCUCUGAGUAAUCUUUAGAAACUAGACAUGACUGUGUCACAAUUACAAUCUAAGGCCUUUAAUAGGCUUUCUGUUACUUACUCCGUGUGUGCAACUGCACGCUCUAAUCAUGUUCACCAGUUUUCUUUAGAUCUAGCAUUUAUUAUUAUUAUUAUUAUUACCACAGUAAAAUAUACAUGAUGUGAUUAAAGUGCUGCCACUGUCACCUGUGGUUAUCAAAACCUCCACUUAUCUUUUUAGCAGCCAUGGGACAGACAAUAUUUAGUUGCACUGAUAAUUAAAUCUUCUUUAGGUCUCAUAAUUAUAUAGUGGCUAUAAAAUGAUGCACCUGUGCUCUUCUUUUUUCUUUUUUUUUUUUUCUAAUGGCUGGAUUUACACUAAAAUCUGCAUUCUCUUGUAACCAGACACAUUUCAUUGCUAAUCAAGACUCUCAAACGGUAAAGCAGGACACACCAAGUACUGUGACUGAACUGAGGAGAAUGUGUUUUAUUAUGGAGGAGGAUUUUAUUAUAGAAGAUACAUUUCAGUUUUUGAACGUGAUCAGGUACACACAGAUACAAUCUUAAGUAUUUUUGGCACAUGCACCUAUUUACCAGACAGCAUGGAGGAGAUCCAACAGUUUCUUUCAUGUACACUAGUGUUUGUGAAUACAUGCCAACUUAGUAUGGUCACAUAUACAAUAUUUGCUGCCGGAUGCCAAAUAUUUGUUUAACUUGUAUGUAUAAAUAUGAUGACAGUGUCUCACAUAAGUAUUGCUGACUAGCUAACAACUGAUUAUAAGCUUAUAUAAAUGACUAACGUAUCACUGUUGUAUACAAGGUCUUGUAGCCUGAAGUAGAAGUGAAAAGAUGCUGUAGGCCACUUUAAUAUUACAGUAACAGUCAUCAAAAUGGGAAUUAGUUACAUCCGUAUGAACCCUCGCUAAUUAUUUGUCAGGGUGUGAAUUUUGUGCAGUGAAUAGGCUGCAGUUCUCAGUGAGAUUUGAUAAUGUGCCACUGUAACUUGCAAGCAGAGAAUAUGACCCCUGUACUGCAAUUCAUGUAAUUUCAACUCAUUUCAAACGCUGUGCGGUACACUAGAACUAAUUUAUUUCCAUAAGUCAAAAGCUUCUAAUUCCAACAACUACUUAAGUUUCAGUUCACUCCAAAUACAUUAACAGAUUUCUACUACAGUUUCCUCUUGCCUAAAACACAAUUUCUUUGGUAGAAUGUAGUUCCAGGGAUAAAACAUUUACAGUGUGGAGCACCUUAACUAACCAGAACAAUGUGUCUGUAAAGAGAUGAUCCUGUAAAAUUGCCGUCAUGCAGUUUUUCAGUGUCAUGAGCUUCACAAACAAACUUUCUAUCCACCUUUUAUUGUAGUGGGGUGGAGGUUGAAAUCUGAGAGACACAUAUCUACGAACCUGGGUUAAUAAAUCCCAAACUAUCUGCACAUACAUACAUGUAAGUGACAAUGUGUGUUUCUUAAUUUGGGUGAACUGACCCUUUAAUGAGAGCAUAUCAAUCGCUGUUUAGAUUGUUGAAUUAAACGUUUUGAGGGUGGGCAUGCUGCUGAUGCCUUUUUCAUUCUGCGUUUCCGGUACCUUUCACAUAAAUGCAGAGAAUAACAGGAAGUGCAGCAGCCAGACCCCCUCCAUGUGUUUGCCUCUAUGCACUAAGACAGAAAUUCCACUAAUCAAUAUACUAUUUUUGCUUGACUCGUCAGUCUGCACCCCUGGAUUAAUGAAGUUCUUUUGUACUGUGACAUUUUGUAUAGAGAUCAGUCAUCAAUAUCUUUACCUUGAGAAAUAUCCUUCACUUUGGGUUGAGAAAUACACUAGUGCCUUAGAUGCCUAGAAGAAGAAAUUUAAGUGUUUUCUUAUUAUUGUUUACUUAUGGAUGUAAGAACAUGUUUUGUUGUUUUGUGAGAUUUAUUUGUUUUGAUUUGUCGCAGCAUAUUGGUGUGUUAGGAAGACUCCAUAGUGCCAUAUUCACUUUUCUGCCCUGGUCACCAUGGACAGUUCACGACACAGUAUAUUUGCAAACCUAGAGGCAUUAAAACACACACACACAAAAAUACAAAGCUUGAAUGAAUUUUGAUGUAAAAUGAGUUAAAUGAUCUCUACUUCACAGGUAUCUGUCAGGGGUUUUGGUUUCUGUAGAAGCACUGUUGUUCAAACGAGUGAAGAAUUAACUUCAGUCUCACAUUGUCGAUGAAAAGCACCUUGUGGUCAUGUUUUUGUAUAUACUGGAGAAAAUGUAAGUUUCUGGAAGGAGAAAAAAAAAAAUAUUUAUGUCUGUGACAACAGUGGAGCAUUAUUUUGUCAAUCUUUUUGAGAUACUUUAGUUCAAUAAAGCACCUUAGCACC